GUGUCAUGUUGGAUUAUUAUUAAAUUUUUUAUUGCGAAAAUGAAACACAGACAUUUUAAGGACCUAACAGACCUCAUUGACAUCGCUAAUGUUGAAACGAAGUUCCGUGAUGUCGUUAUCCCGGAACUGUUUACAACCCACGAGGACAACUUGAUGACCCAGUUCACCUCUGCACUGGUGGCUGGAAUAUUUCGUCAUGCUUAUGAAAAAAUGGUAAUUUUACGAGGAAUGUUCCGAGUUCGUGGAUUUUACCCGCAAGAAAAAAUGAUAAUUUACAAAAAUUUAAAAGAAAGAUUCGAACAUCGGGAUGCUGAGGACAACAUACCUUUGGAGGAUCUCAACUAUUUUAAACUUCAAAAGGAGAUAAAUGUGCUAAUGAUAAUUUGGAAGGAAGCUUGUAUGGAAAUUAAGGAAUUCGGAACUUACUUAAAUGCUGCUGAAAUGGUUGAAGUUUUGAAUAAGCAUGCUGAAGACGAGAAACGACUGGUGUCUCAGGAACCGAUAAAUAAAAAGAAGAUGCAUGAAUUACGUACCAAAGUUGCGAGGGACAAAGAAUAUUAUUUGAAAGCUAUAGACGAAACCGUCAAAGAAAUUCAUAUAUUAAAAUUCACACUAGAAGAUGUUAAAGCUUACAGCAUGUAUGAACUGAACUAUUUAAAUGAGUAUGAAGACGCAAGAAUUGAACAAAAUUCAUUAAGCUUCUUGGGAAAGGAAAAAGAGUUGCAAUCAUACAUUGACGAAAUGAAAGUGAAAAUUAAUGACGAAAAUCUGGUUCAUGAAUUAAUGAGCAGUUACAUGGAAGAAAGUAAAGAUGAUUAUUUAGCUGAUAUUGACUACUGGACUAAAUAUUACGAAACUGAACUGGAAACCUAUGAAAAUCAAAUAAUGGAAAUCAAAACUAAAAUAGAAAGGACACAGGAAAAUGUACUUGGACUACGCCGUGAUUAUGAAAAAAGAGAAGCACAAAUUAAAGAAUGGUUAGAAUAUAUGGAAAAAACUAAAGAAAAGGAAAGACAAGAAGCUUUGGAACUGUGGAGUUCUUUAACGAUUCAGGUUUGGUGGAGAUAUGUGAUGAAAAAAUUGAAACUAGGUCCUUUCAAAAAGAAGGGCAAGGGCAAGAAAUAAUAUUUACAUUUAUAUAUUUUUAUAUAAUAAUUAUUGACAAAUUAAAUUUUACAAUGUGUUCUUA